AUGCUACCUACAGCCAUUCACUCUGAAGGCAAUCACAUGGCCAUAUAUAAAGCACCAGAAGCUAAAUCACUCACCGCUGCAGUCCACACCAAGAUCACACUCGUAAUACACAUUCAACCAGCUCGUACACCCGCCGCUGGUAUGGCACCCAACAACCUCCCCAGCCUGGAGGACUUCCUCGACGAGCGAAUCCGACAACAAAACCGAAACUUUGGGGCCACUGGGGACUCCAACUGCGCCAUCUGUCUAGAACGAAUGCAAGUAGACGUACAAGAACCGAGUACCCGCCUUGCUCAACUCCCUUGCAAGCACAUACUGCAUCUCCAAUGUCUACGGGAUAUGACGGAAGGCUACAUCGACAACCGCAACAAGUGCCCGAGCUGUCGACAAGAGCUCUUCGAGCUAAACAUGCUACCACCAGCAAUGGAAGCGCUAGCGCGG